UUCCGACUGUAUCUGCAAUCUCCACUCUCUCUCUCUCUCUCUCUCUCUCUCGCUCUCGCUCUGCUCGCUCUCGCUCUGCCCUCUGCUUGUUCUGAAAGCUUCCGGAGCUGCAAUUCGAUCUCGUUCCCUCAAGCAAUCUCGCUCUCAAAUUGGGUUUUCUCCACUGGGAUUGAGGAAAAGGCGUUGGAGAUCUGUAGAUUCGUACUGUGGGUAAGACCAGAACAGCAUGCGGUGGUGGCUGAGUCUCUCUGUUGAUGUUGUUCGCAAAGCCAUCUCUUUGAACCUUUAUUGCAGAGUAAUUCUGUAAUUCUUCUUUUUAAUGAGCAGUGAACAAUAUUGAAAUUCUGAUAUAACCCUUCAAUUUUCUUACCCUUUUUUAGCCUGAAAAUUUUCCAUGGGAUCCACUUUUUUCAUCGUCGUUCCUUGUUAUGUUCGUCAGAUUAGUUGAUUUGAAUCCAAAAAGCCUAAAUCUUUAGCUGAAAUUCUGUUUCAAUUCACUCUCAUUUGCUUGUAUUUGGGUAAUUUAGCUUAAAUUCAUCUACACUUUUCAUAUUUUCUCCAUUUGGUUCUUGUUGAUCUGCCUUCAUUCCUUCGAUUUUCGGGUUCGAUCUCACUUUCUUGUCAAUCAAUCUGCUCAGACUUUCUCAUACUCUAUUUGAGUUUUAGUGUAUUGCUCUGUGUUGAAAUUGUUUGUUGUUUGGAAGUUGUCAUUCCAAAAAAAUUCAAGUGCCGCGAAGUCGUUUAGUUAUGGUGUGCCAAGCAGCGGGCCAAACAAGAUUUCGGGCAUUGAAACACGAAAAUGGGAUUGAUGGGGGCGCCACCAUAAUUGUUAGAGUAAUUGCAUGCUUUCAACCUCUCCAGGAUUGCCAGGCUGAAUAUUUUCGACAUUUGUUGAAACCUGUAACGUAGGAAGAUUUCAGUGCUUUUGUGUUCAAGUUAAGCUGGAGUUUUUAGUUUAUUUCAUUCUUGCUGAAAGAGAGACAUAAAUAAACUAUUUCUAGUUGUACAUACGUCCUUCUGGUAGUUGUUUUGGUUGGAUGGGUGAAGAUUUUGGAGCCUGGAUUCCUCACCAGUAUCUGGGCUGGCAACCACCCGAUCCGAAUGCAAUGGGUGCUCAACAUGGCUUGGGGCAACAAAACUUCAUUACUGCUUAUGGGAAACCAGGCACUAAUAUGCUUUUGACAAAUGGUACUAUGCCGCCAUAUGCAUCCUCCGAGUUGCCGCAACCACAAGUCGGCAGACCAAAUGAACCUAAAGGUUGGUUCUAUUGCUUACCCCGUGUCAGACAGGCCUUCAUGCCUGCCACAGACAAUGGUCUCAAAGAGAGAGUUUCUUCUGCCUGUCAUGAAAGUACUGGGGGGACAUUCAUACCGUACACAGACAGUGCCUUUGAACAGAAGAGACUCCUUGUUAACAAUCCGUCAGGGUAUCAGACAACUUUGGUCUUUAGUUCUGAGAUAGUGAAUCCAUUGCAGUGCCGUACUUCUUGGAAUCCAUACCAACAAGGUGCUUAUUAUUUGGAUGGGGAUGAUCCUCGAAAUGAAAGAGAUUUUAAAAAUCUAUCUGGAGCAGUUUUGACAGAUGAAUUCAAAGGGAAUGAUGAAUGUGGUGCUGAGAGUGAGAUGCAUGAAGACACAGAAGAACUGAAUGCCUUGCUCUAUUCAGAUGGUGAUAGCGAUUAUACCGAGGACGAUGAAGUUACUAGCACCGGCCAUUCUCCGAGUACAAUGACAGUUCAUGAUAAGCAAAAUUGGUUUGAAGAAGUUGCCAGUUCUGAUGGAAUGAAUAAAAAGCGGAAGCUAUUUGAUGGGGGUAAAGAUGACGUGCCAUCCGUAAUGGACACUGCUAGUCCCAUGAAACACAACCGAUCGCUGGAGUUGGAGGAUGAUGCAGAAUCCAGUUGUGCCUGCAACCGAAGUUCUGGAUUAAGAGAAGUGGAUUCCUUGUCCAGCAACAAGAAGAUGAGAAAGGAGAAAAUCCGCGAAACCAUAGACAUUCUGCAGAACAUAAUUCCCGAUGGAAAGGGAAAGGAUGCGAUUGUGGUGCUCGAUGAAGCAAUCCAGUACUUGAAAUCGUUGAAGCUCAAAGCCAAGGCUUUCGGACUUGACUCCCUCUGAGUCCUUAAUAUGUCAGUUCCAGUAGUGCCUCUAGUAGGCACCUUGUAUUACUCCUUAUCAGUUAUCGUCGAUUUAGUAAUAUUGGAGAAUAAGUCGGUGUACAUACGUGUUGCUUGCGGAUAUAGUACGGCAUGA